AACAACAAGAACAAGUGCUCCAAAAAUCUUAAGAUGUUAGGAUUAGCAGUAUGCGUCGGACUAAGUCUUCAAGUGGUCUUAUGUGACCCAGCACCAGCAACUACCGCGGCUGUACAAGCGGCCCCAACUGUCCCAACUUCCUCUGCAUUUGUGAACCCCAAUUUUGCUGGUAACCCAGCGUUUUCUGGAUAUAAUGGAUACAGGAGUUGUUACAAUACAGCUAGUCCAAAUGUACCUAUAAUUAGUUAUUCCAGCAACCGUGGCCCAGAUGGAAGUUACUCAUACAGUUAUGCUACGGGAGACGGAAAGCAAGCCCAAGAAAGUGGAUUUUUGAAAGAUGCCUAUAUUGACAAUACUGGAUCACCACAAGGAACACAGGUUGUUGAAGGCAGUUAUGCCUACACUUCUCCAGAGGGAACGCCCAUUCAAGUCAGUUAUGUUGCUGAUGAAAAUGGUUUUAGAACAGCCGGUGUGCACAUUCCCGCUGAUGGCAAAGGCGUGGCCCCAGCGCUGCUAGGCAACGGCGUGGCACCUGGGUUGCUUGGCAAUGGCUACAACCAUAUUUACGACCCUAGACAGAAUCGCUUUAACUACGACCCACGUUACAAUAGUUUUAACAACUAUCAAAGCCCACACAACUUCAAUCAAUACAAUCCCGCAAGGCCUUUUGCUGCCCGAUACAACCUCUACAAUCCGUACCGCAAUGUUAAAGAUAUCAAGAAAACAGUAUAAAAUAUUACACUUAAAAAAAGUAUGUACAAAUUAUUGUAAAAGUGUAAAUAAAAUGGUGGUAGUGUUGAA